AUGAUUACUAAUACUAUUAAAAUAGGUUCAAACUUAAGAAUUGGUAUUCUUCAUGCUAGAUGGAACAAGAAAAUCAUUGAUGCAUUAGUUGAAGGUGCUGUUAAAAGAUUACAAGAAUUUGGUGUUAAAAAAGAAAACAUUAUUGUUGAAACUGUUCCAGGUUCAUUUGAACUUCCAUAUGGUUCUAAAUUAUUUGUUGAAAAACAAAAGAGAUUAGGUAAACCAUUAGAUGCAGUUAUUCCAAUUGGUGUUUUAAUUAAAGGUUCUACUAUGCAUUUCGAAUAUAUUUGUGAUUCAACCACUCAUCAAUUGAUGAAGUUGAACUUUGAAUUGGGUAUUCCUGUCAUUUUCGGUGUCUUGACUUGUUUGACUGAAGAACAAGCUGAAGCAAGAGCUGGUUUAAUUGAAGGUAAGAUGCACAAUCACGGUGAAGAUUGGGGUGCUGCUGCCGUUGAAAUGGCUGUUAAGUUUAACUAA